AUAAUCUCGCACAUAUAUCACUCACACUUCACUUCAAAUAAGGGUCAAAAUUCUAUCUGCACAAAACUCAAACUGUCAAAAUCUCUCCGGCGAACGUCCGAUUUCCAGCCUCUCUACAUAUACGUCAAUCCGUGUAUUCGUGCUUGUGAUACCGAAAGUAGUUCUUGACUGAGGCACAAGAAGAUGGCUGCGGAGAGUUCCGCCGCGGCGGCGACCGGUAGAUCUGGCGGCGGAGGAGCAUCGGCGGACUCGUACAUCGGCAGCGUGAUAAGCUUGACUUCGAAGAGUGAGAUCAGGUACGAAGGAAUACUCUACAACAUCAACACUGAAGAGUCCAGCAUCGGCUUACGCAACGUGAGGUCAUUCGGUACGGAAGGUCGGAAAAAGGAUGGUCCUCAGGUCCCUCCUAGUGACAAAAUUUAUGAAUACAUACUAUUCAGAGGAAGUGACAUCAAGUCUCACUAUCCUCGUCCACCAGCUCAGACAGCAAGCAUGCCUGCAGCAGUCCCCAACGCUCCUUUGCCUGACCCUAACUCCCAUUCUUCGCAAAUGGGACUCCCUGGCUCGACUUUCCCUAACAGUCUGCAUUUAUAUCAACCUGGUGGGAACUUGAACUCAUGGGGACCUUCUCCAUCAAACCCAAAUGGCAGUGGCCUGGCCAUGCCAAUGUACUGGCAGGGAUUCUAUGGCACACCUAAUGGAUUGCCCCAACUGCCACCUCAGCAGUCCUUGCUUCGGCCGCCACCUGGCCUGUCUAUUCCACCUUCCGUGCAACAGAUGCAAUUUUCGAGCUUCAAUCCUUCUCUACCAAUGGCAUCGUCUAGUUUGCCGGCUUCAACCCUGCAAGAUAAAGACUCAUCCUUGGUUCCAAACAACACUAGUUCACCUGGUUUGAUCCCUAGUACUUCUUUGACUUCCGCAACGUUGUCUUUGAACGUGCCCCCUCUACAGCCUAUGCCGCUUGUAUCUGAAACACCGAGUAAUCCACUUCAAAACAAAGCUUCUCUAUUGUCUGACUCGAGUAUCCCGACAUCAAUUCCAAGCUCUAGCUUGUCAUCUUUAGCUCAAUUUCCGAAUGCAAUUCCUGAUAAUGCUGGACUACAGUCGGCUGCCAUCAAACCCAGCCCGAUACCUGGCCCAGCAGCCAUGACCCAGCAAAGUAUGUCUCAGCUGGGAACAUCAUCUUUAUCUGGGACAUCUGGUUCUAUUCUUACUGAUAAGAAGGCACCUCCACUUGUAACUCCUGGUCAGCUUCUGCAAUCUGCACCACCUGCUGUCUCUGCACCUCAAGCUUCACAGACAGUGCAGAAGGACGUUGAGGUGGUCCAAGUGUUAUCAAAACCGCCUCCAGAAGCUUUGUUGCCUGUAGCACCCGAAGCUCAGCCGCCAAUAUUACCUUUGCCGGCAAAUACUCGAGCUCAAAAGCCAAACGGAGGUGUUUAUCAUCUGCGUAACAAUUAUAGAGGGCGUGGUGGAAGAGGAUCUGGGAUCUCACGCCCUGUGGCGAGAUUCACUGAAGAUUUUGAUUUCUCAGCAAUGAACGAAAAAUUCAAUAAAGACGAAGUGUGGGGUCAUUUGGGAAAAAAUAAUAAAACUCAAUCCAAAGAUGAAGAAGACGAAAGUGAUGAGGAAGAAGAUUUGCAGGUUGAGGAUGAUACCAAAUUGCCCAAGAUCGAUGUCAAGUCUGUUUAUAACAAGGAUGACUUUUUCGACUCCCUAUCCUGCAAUUCACUGCAAAAUGACCCAAAUCAUGGAAGGACUAGGUAUUCUGAGCAAAUGAAAUUGGAUACUGAGACAUUUGGAGAAUUUUCAAGAUACCGGGGUCGUGGAGGACGUGGGCCUGGCCGUGGUGGUGGUCGGUUUCGUGGGUCGUACCAAGGAAGAGGUUAUGGUGGAUAUGGCGGAUAUGUGGGGAGGGGCCGUGGUGGUAGAGGUAUGCAGAGUCAUUCCUAGAGAAAGAAAAAAAUGGAGCAUUUUGUGUGUUUUGAAUUAAUAGUCGUUUAAUUUAACUUGUAAUGCCCAUUCUGCCCCUCGAGACAAGUCGAAAGUCUUGAACAGAGAAGCAAAGUUUCAGAUCUUGCCUCAUGGGAAGGGGCUGACUUAGUAUAACUUGCUUGUAAUGUAUGUGGGUUUUAACUUAUGGUGGUUUAGUUAAAUGAAGUUGGAUUAUGAACUAUACCUGUUUUUCCUCCUCAUUAUAGGUAGAGCAGAGUUGUUAUUCAUAACUAAGUUGUUCGCGAACACAACUUGGUUCGGCUUGUGAAAGCUCGAGCUUGGUUUGGCUCGGCUUGUUCGUUUAUGUGUAAACAAACCGAGUCUUUGGCUCGAUUAUUAAACAAGCAUGAGUUUGAACACGAUUUGCUCGGCUCGGCUCGAAUAAAACCCCUGCUUAUAGGUUGAAAAUAAUUAUUAGGGAUCGGAAUUUUCUCUUAGUUGUGUUGGAUGUUGGGA